AGUUUCACUUGGCAGAAGGGUAAAAGUGUUAACAAAGAUGUUUAUUGUUUGUGAAAUCAUUGUGAAUCCAUAACAAAACUACUAAUAGAUGACAAAAAUAAUGUCUAAUAAACUUUAGCAAUGAGUGUUUUUGGUGAUUUCCAGCAGGUGUGGCUCCAAAGAUUUCCCGACAGUCCUUUGCCAGGAGCUUGGGAAGAAGAUGUUAGGGCUAAUUUGGCAAAACAUAAACAGAAGGUGUCUCUGCUCAAAGAAGAACUGGAAAAAGAGGAAUUUUAUGUGGAGUACCUGGAAAGAUUGUUGAGUGAUGUGGAACAACACAAGAAAAAGUUGGCUAAAGAAAAGAGCAAUGAGAGUGAGGAAACUGAUGAUGUCAUUGGAGAUACCAUAUCUAAAACUGAACUAUCCACCAUUUCCCUCAAUAUCGAGGAAACAGAGACAUUUUCCGCCAAUAUGUGUGUCAAUGAAAUAUCAAAGCAAGUUACCAGUAAUGAGGUACUUGAGAAGCAUGAACCUCCAGCAUUAGCACCAAAUGAGCCAGAUCCAGGUACUUUUGUAACCGUUAUUGAAGUUAAUGGACUGAAGCAGAAUAAUGUUACUCCUCUCAAAACACCACCAUCACCUGUCAAUACACCACCAUCACCAACCAAAACUCCACCAAAAGUACCUUCAAGACCAGCUUCACUCAAAGCAAAGCCAAGAUUGAGCAAUAGAGAAUCUGUUUCCUCAUCUUCAGAAUUCCUGGCAGUUGCUGAUGAACCUUAUUAUGACAUGGUAGCCCCCGAAGAGGAAUACCUUGUCGAAUCUAAUCAUUCCAGUAUUGAGAACGUUUUUAGUUCUUCUAGCACACUACCUUUGGAGUCUAAAAGGGAUUCAACGCAAAUUUUACAGGAGCCUCAGUCCCCUGGUACCUCGAAUUAUGUUAAUAUUGAAUAUUUUAUCCAUUCCAAUAAGAAAAAUGGAAAUAGUCAUAGUAGUAGUGAGGAUGAGCACGAGGAUAUAACAGAAUUAAGACGAAAUAAUGAUAACAGUUCUUAUGCUAGUUCUAGUUCAUUAGAAUCUUCAACACCUGCCCCUAGAAGAAAGUUUAGUCAUGAAAGUGAUGUUCAAGGAGAAACUGACAAAAUGUAUAGAAGUAUAUUGUAUAAUAUUACUGAGAGUGAAAGUAAUUAUGUAGACUGGUUGAGUUUUUUAUUGAAGUACAUGAAAGCAAUACAAGCAACAAUAGGUACAUCACAGCCAAUUGUUAGUGAAACAGAACUGAAUACCAUUUUUUACAAGAUUCCAGAGCUAUAUAACUUACAUGCAAGUUUCUUGGAAGCACUCAAAAAGCAUAUUCAGAAAUGGGAUACCAGGAUAGGAGAACAUUUUAAGAAGAUGGCAUCUAAUCUCCCUUUAUAUGGUGCCUUUCUAAGUAAUUACGGACAAGCACUGGAUACAGUUCAUAAGUGUGGUGCGGCAAAUUCUCAGUUCGGCGAGAUCUCCAAGAACAUUACCUGCAAACAGCUCUCUGGUCAACCAAUAAGUUUAGAAGAUCUGCUUCACAAGCCAGUAGCAAGAGUGCAAAAAAACGCACUGGUGUUGCAUGAUUUGUUGAAGUAUGUUCCAGAAACUCAUGUCGAUCAUCAUAGUUUGACUGAGGCACUGAAUUUGACACAGAAUUUUUUGGAUCAGUUCAAUAUGAUCCAAACAAAAUCAAUGUUUCCCGUUACUGAUCGUGCCCAGCGUAGGUUAGUGAAAAAUUCCUUCAUUGUGGAAUAUGUAGGCCAAAGAAAGCUUCGUCAUUUGUUCUUGUUCAAUGAUGUUAUAGCAUGUGCGAAGUAUAAGACAGCAGGACGUAAUGAAAAGUACACGUUCCAACUCAAAUGGUUCAUUCCUGUUGAAGAUAUAUUCAUGUUGGAGGAAACAACCGCCAAUUUAUUUGAAAUUGAUACAGCAAAUAUUGUAUCAUUGAAGUCACAAGCUUCAAAUGUCAGGGACCAACUGAAGCAAGAAGAAAAAUCGAAUGAGAGCCGAUCCAAGCUUUCCCGAGGUUCAGACAAAUACAAGAAAAAACUGAUGGAUAUUGAAAGCCAACUUGUUCUCGUCUCACCUAACCUAGUCUUUAGGAUAAAGAACAAAACCACUGGUCGCACGCAUACGUUCUUCCUGUCGUCGGAUUUUGAACGAACUCAGUGGAUCGAGACGAUCAUGACUCUUCAAAAAACUGAAAGGACUGGGCUUACGACGGCGCCUCCCAUAAGCGAACUGCAAACUUGGAUAACUGCAUGUAGGCAGUUUCUAAAGACCAAUAUGGGAUCUUAUUUAUUGAGGAGUGGAAAUGAUGAGAGUUUGUUGGUGGGAGAUUUGUAUGUAUAUAUUUAUGAUAUGAGCGGUUUGGAGUUUUCUUGUGAUAUAUUCGUAUCCAUUGAAGUCGACUUCUAUGGCCACUUCUUCCAAAAGGCUAAAACGAAAUUAGUGUGCAAUACCAAUCAUCCCCAAUGGAACGAAAAUUUUGUUAUCGAUUUAGAAGGUUGUGAAAAUCUCAGAAUUCUAGUCUACCAAGAUGGACAACCUAAUACCACUCUUUUUGGCAAACUAACUCAGAAACUGAGUAGAUCGUGGCUGAAUCAGCACGUGACGGAAAAGAGUUAUUCAAUAAAUGGAUGUACGUUGAGAUUAGGAUUGAAAUAUGUUCCGUGUGAGAUCAGCCUAAGAAAAGUACCUACUGGAAAAAUUGGUGCCCUAUUCGGAGAAAAGAUACAGGCAGUGUGCAAGCGACAGAAGAGGAACAUUCCUUUCAUCAUAGAAGCAUGUAUCCGAGAAGUAGAAAAACGUGGUAUGUCGGAAGUUGGGAUAUAUAGGGUAUCUGGAUCUGCUCUUGAUAUACACAAAUUAAAGAAGUCUUUUGAAACGAAUUCUUAUGAAGCAGAGCAACUUUUGAAAGAUGUUGACAUACAUUCGGUAACAGGUAUACUGAAACUUUACCUGAGGGAACUACCUGAAGCUCUAUUCACCGAUCAUAUGUACCCUGAGCUACUGGAAGCCUUUAAUCAGAGCAAUGGGAAUUUGAAACGACGAAUUGAGCUCCUAAAGGGGUGCUUCUCGAAAUUACCACAACAGAACAGUGAAACGAUCAGCUGUAUUUUGAAACAUUUGAUAGAGGUACACAAGCAUGAGAGUGACAACAAGAUGUCGCUACACAAUUUAGCUACUGUUUUCGGUCCUACACUUCUCCGCCCUGCUACUAAAAUCGAUUUUGCAAAACAAAAAGACAAUCUUGCUGCAGGCACUGUAGAUGUGAUGGCGCAAGCAGGAAUUUUAUACUGCUAUCUCCAGGAUUUGCUGAACAGUGGACAGGUUCACAGAAUUUGUAGAUGAAGUGGUAAAUGAACAAUGUUUUCAGAUUAUAGCCUGGAAACGGAAAAGAAGUGGUCUUGUUGUUUUUAAAGCGCAGGUGAAUGUGAUGUCCACCCGAUUGUUAAAGGAAAAAAUAUUGAGAGUAUUUCUUUUCUACUCUAUAUUAGUUGUAUACUUGUAUACAUGACUGUAAUUACUUUUAUUCAUAUUUUUUAUUAUUAUGUAGAAUAUGACCAGAACAAAGUUC